ACCUGCGCCGUCGCCUCCGCCUUGCCGCCCGCGUGGGGCUGGGCGCCGCUGCCCCGCUGCCGCCCUCUCCGCUGCGGUCAUGUAGGAAAUCAUAAAUCAUGUGAAGAUGGGACUCUUGGUAUUUGUACGCAAUCUGCUACUAGCCCUCUGCCUUUUUCUGGUACUGGGAUUUUUGUACUACUCUGCGUGGAAGCUACAUUUCCUCCAGUGGGAGGACUCCAAUUCAGUGGUUCUUUCCUUUGACUCCGCUGGACAAACGCUAGGCUCAGAGUAUGAUCGGUUGGGCUUCCUCCUGAAGCUGGACUCUAAACUGCCUGCUGAGUUAGCCACCAAGUACGCAAACUUUUCAGAGGGAGUUUGCAAGCCUGGAUAUGCUUCAGCCUUGAUGACUGCUAUCUUCCCCCGGUUCUCCAAGCCAGCACCCAUGUUCCUGGAUGACUCCUUCCGCAAAUGGGCUAGGAUCCGGGAAUUUGUGCCGCCCUUUGGGAUCAAAGGUCAAGACAAUCUGAUCAAAGCCAUCUUGUCAGUCACCAAAGAGUACCGCCUGACCCCUGCCUUGGACAGCCUCAGCUGCCGCCGCUGCAUCAUCGUAGGCAAUGGAGGUGUCCUUGCCAACAAGUCUCUGGGGUCACGAAUUGAUGACUAUGACAUUGUGGUCAGACUGAACUCAGCACCAGUGAAAGGCUUUGAGAAGGACGUGGGCAGCAAAACAACCCUGCGCAUCACCUACCCCGAGGGCGCCAUGCAGCGGCCUGAGCAGUACGAACGAGAUUCUCUCUUUGUCCUCGCUGGCUUCAAGUGGCAGGACUUCAAGUGGCUGAAGUACAUCGUCUACAAGGAGAGAGUGUUCUGGAAGCUGAGAAGUCCAGGAUCAUGGCGCUGGCAGAUGUGGUGUUUGAGUGCGUCGGACGGCUUCUGGAAAUCUGUGGCCACUCGAGUGCCCAAGGAGCCCCCUGAGAUUCGCAUUCUCAACCCAUAUUUCAUCCAGGAGGCCGCCUUCACCCUCAUCGGACUGCCCUUCAACAAUGGCCUCAUGGGCCGUGGGAACAUCCCAACACUUGGCAGUGUGGCAGUGACCAUGGCACUACAUGGCUGUGACGAGGUGGCAGUUGCAGGCUUUGGCUACGACAUGAGCACGCCCAACGCACCCCUGCACUACUACGAGACUGUGCGCAUGGCAGCCAUCAAAGAGUCCUGGACACACAAUAUUCAGCGAGAGAAAGAGUUUCUGCGGAAGCUAGUGAAAGCACGUGUCAUCACUGAUCUAACCAGUGGCAUCUGAGGUGGGCCCAGCACAUGGCCACAGAGGUCCACGCACCACCAAGAGCAAGCAGCAGUCACCAUCACCUGCCCACUUCACUGGCCUCAGUCUGGCUCUGCCUGAGAGGCACAGGAGUCUUCAGACCCAGAGAAGGACAGCGCUAAGUGGCCCCAAGGCUGGCGAGGCCUUGGCGGGGCAGCCAGAGCUGUGUCUGCUCAGAGGCCAGCCUCAGAGACCAGCACUCAGCCUCACUCUCAGCCUGGGUCCUUAAAGCCAGAGGGCCAGGAGGCCACUGGCCAUGCCUAGCGGGCCCAGCAUGCGGGAGGUGGACAUUAGGCAGCAAGGCUGCUGCCAGAAUCAUUUCUCCAAUCAGUGUUUGGUGUAUUAUCAUUUUGUGAAUUUGGGUGGUGGGAGGGUAGGGAUAAUUUAUUUUUAAAUAAGGUUGGAGAUGUCAGUUUGGUCCACUUGCUGUACGAAAAGAGGCCCAGUAGAGAGCCCAUCAGGCAGUGGUACCAGUGGGCUCCCUGUAGAGUAGGAGAGUCGGGACUAUCCUGUACCCUGCACUGGGCUACAGGGAAGUAGGCAGGAUCUCAUGCCAGCCCCCUCCAGCUCAUGACACUGUUUGGCCUUUCUUGGGGAGAAGAUGGGGUAUUCCCAUUCACCAGCCCCUAGCUGUCCCACAGGGAAACCUUGGAGCCAUCCUUUAAACCAACAAGACAGCCUCAGGCUAGAGCAGAGAGAACUUCCAAGCCCAGGAGGCGAGGCGAGGCCCAGGCUGGUGGAAAUGGCACUACCACCCCCCCACCACUGCAACUGACCCAUAGGACGGUGCGCCAGGCCUGGACUGACUGACUGGGCAGCUGUUCUGGGUUUUAGCAAUGAGACUGCCAGGUCCUUGGGUUCGCCUUUAGCCUGGACCAGAGGGAAGUGAGGCUCAAGGACCUUACCCAGACUGUGGCAGUCGUCCUGGGCAGCCAUCAUGGAAGCAAUAAAGCUCUUCCCUGAA